AUGAGCGAAAACCCUGUACCGCUGCCAACGCAAGUCGCGGCUCCUAGUCAGACCUCCCUCACAUCUCCCGCUAGUGGCCCCCCUAUCAAGGAGGACGCCGAAUCCAGCGCUGAGAUUGGCGAGGAAGAACCGUACACCAUUAAGUGCAUCUGCAACUUUUCUGACGAUGAUGGCAACACGAUAUACUGCGAGACCUGCGACACGUGGCAGCACAUUGACUGCUUCUACCCUGACAACAGGGACGAGGCUAUCCGCGAGGACUUUGCCCACUCCUGUGCUGACUGCAAGCCUCGCCCCCUCAAUCGUCAAAAGGCCAUUGAGCGGACUCUGCGAUUAAAAACUCUCCCCAUCAAGGAUGAAGAUUCGCUCGACAAGAAAACCAAAAGGCCACCUUCGACGAAAAGUGGCAAGAAACGUUCAAAGCCGUCUGAACUGUCCUUGAGCGCGUCAAACGGCGCAACCGAAACCAACAGACCCCCCAAUUCCGCCGAAACUCAGCCAAAGAAGACAAAAAUUUCACACAAGACCUCACAAUCCGUCAGCUCACAGCCGUCAAAGCGCAGCCCCUCCUUUACUAACUCACGCUCUAAUCCCGCACACCCUCCCAGUCCUGCCACAACACCCCCCGACCUACCCGACGACUUCCAGAUCCAUCAUUACUCUGCGGGUUUCUACUCCCUCUACAACGAACACGAUGUACCCGAUACACAUAACAAUGCAUUUGCCAGUCUGGCCAUUCCCACUGCUCUGUCGCGCUGGCUGCGAGAGCCCGACGCAAUGAAGCAAGAGGUGGGCCGUACGCAUGCUGAUGUUUUUCAAGAUGAGCCGGCGAAUCUGGAUGAUCAGAGACCAAAGCUGGAAGUCAAAGACGCCACUCGCUCCCUGGAGAAAGGCACAACGUUGCGAUGGCGCUUCGUCAAGUCCACUGCGCCCAUCGAAAAGGAUGUGCCCUUGAUUGAACUCAACGGCGAGAUUGGCUUCCAAAAAGAUUACUGUGCCAAUUCGGAGAAUCUUUGGGGUGACCUGUCAUCACCGUUACCUUUCGUGUUUUUCCAUCCAGUGCUGCCGCUCUACAUUGACACGAGAAAAGAAGGCUCUCUCGCGCGUUAUGUGCGCCGCAGCUGCAAGCCCAACGCUCAGCUCGAUACCUAUCUGUCGGGAGGAUCGGAAUACCACUUUUGGCUCGUCAGCGAUCGCUAUAUUGCUGCCAAUGAGCAAAUCACACUGCCAUGGGAUUUCCGACUUGAAAAGACUGUCUGUGCGAGGUGGCUACAUCUACUUGGCUUGAGCGAUGACGAGAGCGCAGCACAGGAUGAAACCGAGUUGGAAGAGUCCGAAUACAUUGCCAUUUCGAAUUGGAUUGAUCGAAUUCUUUCGGAAUAUGGUGGUUGCGCCUGCGACUUGGAGAAUAAUUGCGCAUUUGCACGCUUUCAUCGGCACUACUUCCAUGUCCGCGGCCGUAGCCGUCCAAGCAAGAAGAAGUCGAGAAAGUCUCGCAAUCAUACAUUGUCUCCAACCAGCACUGGCCACGCUACCAACAGCCGUGCUGCCAGCGAGGGUCAUACUGACGAAACGGCCGAUCACCAGGCGAGAUUCGAAACUUUGUCCUUGACCAGCAAGCCCCCGAGCCGAGACCCCACGCCUGUGAGACAAGGCUCAUUUGAUCAACUCGGAAUACUCACCGAGCCUACGGAUCGCGAUAAGCGCAAAGUGGCCAUGGUCGAAGACUCGUUCCGUCGCAUGGAGCAGCAACCUCCACCCAGAAAGAAGAAGCGCGUUUCGGAUGGAACAUGCUCUUCGAAAUCCAAGGCUCGCUCAGGCUCCUCGGUAUCUGGUGGCUACGUCGACGCGGGCACUUCGAGGAGCAAGACCGGAUCCCCCACUAGCUCCUUGUCACCCAAUUUACCCUCGAAUCCAUUCAAGAGUCCUGCCCCCAGUCAAAGGCCUCGCCAAGCAUCUGCUGGUUCUCGACCGUCAUACUGUGACGCCGGAGUUCAGACGGACCCGGUUGAGGGCGAGUGGUUCAGCGAGCCUGGCCGCUUGCCAGCUUCCAAAAAGAAGAUCAUCUCUCUAUCCCGUCGACUACUUAACAACCGCUUUCGUAUAAAGUCCGAGGACACUUCGGAGCAGAAACUAAAUGUUGCAGUCGUUGCACCAAAGAUUGCAAUGGAUAUCGAACCUCCAGAACCCGAGUUGGGUGACGCACAAGCAGAUUCGUCCCAGCCAGAUGCAGCCAUGCCUGACGCCCCCCCGCUACCGUCAGAGGGAGUGAACGGUACGGCUGAUACGUCUAGCAAGUUGAAGACGCCUGACCUGCGAGUGCAGAUGCCACCAGUCCCGACAUUUGACAACAAUGGACUGUCGGCACCGAUGGGUGCGACUCCCUUGUCAGCAGCUAGCUCAUCGGCACUGUCACCUUUCGCAGCGAAUGGCAUGCCGAGCCCUUUCGCGCAAUCAGCUGUCAACAGUGCGAUCGCUAAACAAAGUCCUAUUAAGAAGAAGCUCAGUUUAAGCGACUACACCAAGAGCCGGAUGAAGAAGGGCGGUACAAAGGACCUUGGCGUUCUUGGAUCCGUCAAGUCGACUCUUUCGAGCCCGGAGGAUAUUAAGGUUGAAAUGACGACCGAGCCCCAAGGUAUCGAAAAAAUAGAAGAGGCCCAGCCAACGAACGCAAAGACGAACGGUGUGGUCUAG